AUGGUUUUUAGAUUGCCACUUUUUUGCGAUGUAACAUCCGGCGUUUGAGUCAAACGCACGCCUUUCCAGCCACUUGUCGCGGCGGCAUUUAUCACGCAAAGGCUGCUGCAUCCUACUACUACUAGUACUCUUAGUACUAUUAUUCGUCGUAGCGGCAUUUUUCCAACAGUGGUCUUCCGGCGCUCCCCUGGAAGCACGCGCGCCAUCAUGGCGGAGCCUCGGAGGCCCGGCAUGGGCGCGGACGGCGCGGGUAGCCGCAUGAUAUGGCUCGGCGCGCUGUUCGUGCUGCUGACGUGUCUCGCCGCGGUGUCUCCCGUCCGCUGUGUGCCCUACGCUGCAUCCCAAGUAAAAGUUCUCCUGGACUGCCAGAAGGCGUGGGGGAAGACGUUCACUGCCUGGGCGCUUGAGAAUGCUUACUGCCCCAACGUUACAGAAUAUGGAAAUCCCUUCUGUGAUGCCAAGGGGAUGGUAACCUCCAUAAAUCUCGGCGGUGGUAACCUCCAUGGCACAAUACCAGCGUCACUGGGAAAUCUUAUAUCGCUGACCUACUUGGAUCUACAUGGAAAUUAUUUAGCCAGACCCAUCCCAUCUACUAUUGGGAGCAUCAGCAGCCUGCAGUACCUGGAUCUAAGUGAGAAUUAUUUAACCGGACCCAUCCCAUCUACAAUUGGGAGCAUGAGCGGCCUGCAGGACCUAAGCCUUUCAGAUAAUUUGCUGGGAGGACCCAUACCUGAAACAUUUGGCAAUCUUCAAAAUGUGACCAUGUUGAGUUUAAACAAAAACGCCUUGACCGGACCAAUUCCAUCUACUAUUGGCAACAUGACCAGCCUCAAAGGAAUAUGGUUACAUAACAACACCUUGAAUGGCACCCUUCCGGAAUCGCUCGGCAAUCUCAUCAGCCUCCAGAGCCUGGGCCUUGGUUCGAAUUUUCUGUCUGGUUCCAUUCCGGAAUUCCUUGGGAACUUUGUUGAUUUGGUGCUCAUGGAUUUGAACGACAAUGGCAUGAGUGGAUCCAUUCCGUCUUCUUUUCAAAGCUUGACAAAAAUGAUAUACAUGGAUCUUGGGUCGAAUUUUCUGUCUGGUCCCAUUCCGGAAUUCCUUGGGAACUUUGUGGAUUUGACGAUAUUAAACCUGCAGAACAACAAUUUUAAUGGAACCAUUCCUGAAUCAUUCAGCAAGCUCACAAAUCUUUGGGAUUUGUAUUUUGACCGCACCGGCGUGACGGGAGCUCUCCCUUCAAUGCUCGGCUAUUUGACUGGCCUUUCAUCCUUGCGUGUUGAUCAGACAAAACUAAAAGGGGUGAUCCCUCCGACGCUCGGUUAUCUGACCAACCUCGUAUCCUUGGACAUAUCCGGAACAGCACUCACAUGCCCACCGGCCCGUAGCAGCUGUGUGAUAACACAGGACGUGACAAGCGCAUUCUGCGCUACGUGUUUCGCCUUCUGCUCCACCUGUGUUAUGAAACCACCCUCUGCUGCAAACACCUCACCUCAAAUGCAAGUCCUCCUGGACUUGCAGCAGGAGUGGGGUCAGACUUUCAAAGGGUGGGUGGCUGGAGGAAACUGCAGCCUUGCAGAGCAUGUGACCUGCGAUGCCAAAGGCAUGAUCACCAAGAUAGAUUUAAACGAACAUAGCUUAACUGGAACCAUCCCACCCUCUAUCAGCCAAUUGGCUAGCCUGCGACACCUGAAUCUACACCAAACCGGCUUGACAGGAUCGAUUCCGCGCACCCUUGCAAGCUUGUCCAACCUCACAUCCUUGGAUCUCCGUGAAAAUAACCUCACUGGAUGGAUACCCGCUGGCAUUGACGGACUCCUCAAUCUCCGCUAUUUGGGACUGAACACAAAUCGUUUAACUUCGUCUAUUCCACCUGCCAUUUGCAACAUAACCGGUCUCACUACCCUGGAUUUAUGUUAUAACGCUCUCUCUCAGUCCAUUCCAGAGUGCAUUGGCAACCUCAUCAACUUGGAUGGUUUAUACCUGUUCAAUAACAGGUUAAGUGGCAGCAUUCCUGGAUCCAUGAGCAAGCUCGUGAAGCUUACACACCUUGAUUUUACCCUAAACAAAUUCACUGGCGAGCUCCCUCCGACAUUGGGCCGCCUUACCCGCCUUUAUGCAUUGGACAUCACCAACACGACAAUCACAUGCCCACGUGACAAAAGCAGCUGUGUGGUCCCACAGACUCAGUCAAGCGCUUUCUGCAAGGCGUGCCCAACCUUCUGCUCCACCUGUAUUACGGAACCGCCCUCUCCCACACCAUCCUCCCCUUCUACCCCUCCACCUACCAACUCCACAACGCCAUCCUCCCCAGGCUCAGUACCCUCCCCACCCUCCUCCCCCUCUCCAGCCCCACCUUCCAUCUCCUCGCCUUCCCCCGCCCCAUCACCAGUGCCCACACCCUCUCCACCUCCUCCCACCACCUCAACUGCCAGUCAACCUGCAGCUGCUCCCUCCCAGUCUGGAGGCGGCAUGUCCACGGCAGCUAUUGCUGGCAUUGCUGCUGCUGCCGUGGUGCUUGGCCUCGCGCUUCUGCUGCUGGGAGUCAUGUUUUGGAGGCGACGGCGUACUGAGGCAGCAGCAGCAAGCGGGUAUGCUGGAACGAAUGGGGAGGGCAAAAACUUGGCAGCAGAAAGUGCGCUCCAAGAUACACACCAUAACGAGGAUGGUCCGGAAGCACAAGCAGGAGUAGGAUGGGCGGCAGCUGCAGCUGCAGCUGCUGCAGCAGCAGGAGGGAGGGACGACCCUGGUGCUGUGGUGGAUGUGGAGGCCGCACGGCCAGAUGUGUGUCGGGAGUAUUCCCUGGUAGAUAUGGAGAAGGCUACUGAAGAGUGGGCAGAAAAGAACAGGCUUGGCAGCGGCAGCUUUGGGGAUGUGUACAAGGGCGUGUCUCCCUACGAUCGCAAUAAAGCUUGGGCAGUCAAACGUGCCCGAGUUCUCUCCAAUGACUUUCAGAUCGAGGUGAAGGAGAUGGCAAGCAAGCACCACCCUCAUCUCGUGCGGCUGCUGGGCUACUGCCUGGACUUCAACCCGGCAACGCGUAAGAUGGAGCAGAUCCUGGUGUACGAGCUCAUGCACAACAACGAUCUCGAGACCUGGGUUGGACCUGGUGUCGCCAACCCCCUUUCUCUGCGGCAGCGGUUGGACGUGCUGAUUGGAGUGGCUAAGGGGCUGCAGUACCUGCAUGAAUUCGGCAUUGUGCAUCGCGACAUGAAGCCCGCCAACAUUCUCCUCGAUGCAAAGAUGCAGGCCAAGAUUGCUGACUUUGGGCUGGUGAAGCUGAGUGGAGGCACCGCUAUGGGCACCACGGUGGCUGCCACUCGAGUGAUGGGAACACCCGGCUUCGUGGACCCAGCCUACUACAAGUCGCACAAGGCCACUCCAGCCGCAGAUGUCUACAGUUUCGGAGUGGUGAUGCUGGUGGUCAUCACAGCACGCAAGGCGGUUCACGUGACAGAGGACACUCACACCAACCUCAGGAAAUGGGUGGCUCCACUGGUGGAAUCCAAUGCAGUAUCGGCAUUCAAGGACCCUUGUUUGGACGCACCGGAUGAUCUCGUGCUGCGCUUGGCCCGCCUUGCCCUCUCCUGCACUGCCAUGCCCACGGCCUCCCGCCCCUCAAUCAGCCAAGUGCUGGUAGAUCUGGUGAAGAUGAGGGAGGAUGCUUUUGGAGCGCAGGCAAACAGGGUUGCAUCUCGCAUUGACGAGGAAAUCGACGCUUCGUUUCAGGUGGAUUUCGAUGCUGAGAUUGCUCGAGUGAAGAGCAUGGGUGUCUCGGGUAGCUCGUCUGGAAGUGUGUAGUGGGAAGGAUACCUAAGAGCUCCGCUGUAACGCUGUAGACGCCUAAGUACUGUUUGAUUGUCGAGUGUAUCAAACACCCUGUGUGCUCUCAUAUGCUCGUACCAUAUUCCCCCGUAUAUAACACCCUAAGGUAU